UGUCAGAUGUGGUAACCCAAAGACAGGACAUGGAGAAUCAGUGUAAGCAAGGGUUUGAGUUGGAAAAACAAGAUCUUGAAAAACUGAAAGCAGUGCUGAAGCAAGAGAGAGAGGAUCUGGAUAGAGUGCAUGAGAUCAUGACCAAAGAGAGACUGGAGCUAGAAACCAGUAAGAACAGUGUCCUUACAGAAAGAGGAGAACUGGAAGUUUUGGGGAAGGAUCUCAAAAAGAAGAAAGAAGAGGUCGACAUUGCCAUGAACAGCAUCAGUGGAGAGAGAGAACAACUCAGUAAAAUUAAGACUGACAAUGACAAAGAGAGAGAAGUACUUUUGAUUGAAAGGGACAGAAUAGAACUUGAAAGGUCUGAGGUGAAAAUAAAAGAAGAACAAGUCAUGAAGCAAAUGAAAUCAAUGGAAACUAUGAAAGUGAAGCUUCAGCGGCUGUACAAUAGGAUCAGUGAAGACAUGAAAAACAAAGUGGACAGUUUGCAACAAAACUGUGAAGGUGCGCAAAUUCUGUAUGCUACAUUGGAACAAAAGGUUGCAGCACUUGAUGGAGAAAAAGAAAAAUUGACUAAUUACACUGAGUUGUUAGAGAGAGAAAAGGAAGGUAUUGCAGGUAUACUGUCAGAUGUGGUCACCCAAAGACAGGACAUGGAGAAUCAGUGUAAGCAAGGGUUUGAGUUGGAAAAACAAGAUCUUGAAAAACUGAAAGCAGUGCUGAAGCAAGAGAGAGAGGAUCUGGAUAGAGUGCAUGAGAUCAUGACCAAAGAGAGACUGGAGCUAGAAACCAGUAAGAACAGUGUCCUUACAGAAAGAGGAGAACUGGAAGUUUUGGGGAAGGAUCUCAAAAAAAGAAAGAAGAGGUUGACAUUGCCAUGA